ACAAGCUAAAGAUUAUGAUUUUGAGGAAAUAUAUGCAUAUAAUGUCUAUUUCUCUUAUAUGUAUACCGUGCUGCCGGUUUCUUCUUCCCCUUCCCAAUCCAUUCAUUCCCCAUCUCUAGCGCCUACAAAAGAAUGCAUGGCAUUCGCCACCUUAGGACUCAUCUUUUCGGUUUUCGUCCACUCGUAUCGCAGCUGUCGGAAGUAACGACGCCUCUCGUCAGCCUGAACGGUUAAGUUCGCUACAAUUUGAGAUUAAUAUCAAUCUGGAAAAGUAAAUAAGUUUGCUGUGGAAUACUUGCACGUGGACCAUGACAGAGGUGAUAAAAAGAGAUUAUGAACCGUUGGACACCAUUCAGGAAGCUAUGGGAGUUAUGGGCCCUUGGCAGAUUAUCAUCACCGUUGCCUUGUCUUUAGUAAAUUUUCCUGUGGCAUGGCAUCAAUUGUCAAUUGUUUUCCUGGCACCUCCAGCUAAUUUUACCUGUAUUAACCCAACACCCGUUGACAACAAAACUGUAUACUCAACGGAAGAUACCCAAUGUUUUGUUAAUGUCACUCUUUUGACUAGUUCGAAUAUCACCGAGCUCGGGUCACCAGUAAAAUGUACCCAGUUCGAGUACGACAAGAGUGUUUUUGACAGCACCAUCAUAACUGAGUGGGAUUUAAUAUGUGAUAGGCAACAAUUGGCGAACAUCGCCCAAUCAUGCACUAUGUUUGGAAUUCUAGUCGGCAACAUGGUAUUCAGCAUGAUGGCAGAUAGGAUUGGUCGUAAAAUUCCCCUAAUGAUUGCUGUGGUCGUUCAAUCGGUUACCGGGCUAUUGAGCACGUUUUCUCCCUGGUUCGAACUAUUCGUGCUUUGCAAAUUCGUUGCUGCUAUUGCCACAGGAGGAACUAUGCUCAUAAGUUUUGUAUUACUUAUGGAAGUGGUCGGCAUCGAGUGGCGCUCAACCUUAUCUGUUUUAUUUCACAUUCCAUUUCUACUGGGCCACUUGUUGAUUCCGUUGAUAGCGUAUUACACUCGUGGAUGGCGUAUAUUUUUAAUGACUGUUUCACUCCCACCUAUUCUAUUACUUUCUUAUUACUGGGUGAUCCCGGAGUCGCCACGGUGGCUUCUAGCAGUUGGACGCAUAAAAAGUGCUCGGAAUGUGUUGAAAACAGCUGCAAAGCGAAACUCAAUCCACGAAGAUAAGGUCAUAGCUGCUAUCGAAUCUCAUUCGAAUCAACGUGGAAAAGAGGUCGAACUAGAUAAAAAGUUUUCGAAAACCUAUAAUCUACUUGAUAUAUGCCGCACACCGAAUAUGCGUAUUAGAAGUAUCUGUAUAGCUGUCAAUUGGUUCGUAUGUGGAAUUUGCUUUUUUGGCCUCGCUCAGUAUGUCGGACGAUUGGAGGGAGAUAUAUUCAUCAAUGUGGCAGUAUCAGCUGCCUGUGAACUACCAGGAAUUCUCGUCGUUCUCUAUUUGAUAUCGAGGGUUUCUCGACUGAAGAUUCUCAUCGGUGCUAAUGUAACAUCUGGCGUUAGUCUACUUCUCCUGAUGUUUAUUUCCAAUAAAACAGCACAAGUUGUUCUUGCAACAAUAGGAUUGAGUGCUAUGUCCAUUAGUUUUCCCACUAUUUACCUUUACACUGGGGAAUUGUUUCCAACAGUAGUAAGGAAUAUUGGGUUUGGACUAUGCAGCGUUUCAGCGAGGAUUGGCAGUAUUAUUGCACCUUUUAUUGCAACCAUGGGAUAUUACGGAGCAUCAAUCCCCCCAUUAUGUUUUGGAAUCGGUCCCCUCAUCGGCGCAGGCUUAUGUCUCUUAUUACCCGAAACAAUGGAUUGUAAACUUCCAGAGACGAUUGAAGAAGCUGAAAAUUUCAGGAAGGGAAAAACAGACAUUGCUUUAGAGGUAGUAACCUAGAGUUCGACAGUGAAUUGAAUGAAAAUCUCUGACGUUUUUGGAUUUUUAUAGCAGU